UUAAAGGCCUUGAAUAAACUGUUUAAUGCAUGUACUUGUUACUCGUGUUGUUCCAUGGAGCCUACUGUAUUUCCAUAUUGGUUAUUUGUUGUAUUUGUAAGGAAGAUGUAGGAACUUUAACUAAGGCCACGUUAAAAACUAAAACGAAUGUGGAUUAACUCUAACCUUCUUUGAAUUCAUGCUGCUGGAGAUGAGGUUCACAAGAUGCAUCACGAUGAUCCAGUUGGAAAUGCUGCUGAAUGUCAUCUUUGUUUCGGGUGGUGUGGGAUCCUGUCCUGAAGUUGUUCAUGUAUCUAUGCCAAACAAGAUGGAGGCAUUGAGGGACACUUGUUUGCAAAUUCCAUGUUCAUUUGAUUCAGUACCAUCAAAUAGAAUAGAUAAAAGCAAACCCAUAUUGGGUGCAUGGAUAAAAUCGAACCCCUAUUUUGGGAAUCAUCCAGAAAAUUUGUUUUUCCACAGCAACAAUCAAGAUAAUAAGUAUCCAAUUAGUAUCAUUGGGAAUAUGAGAGAAUACAACUGCACAACUGUUUUUACAAACAUGAAAUCAAGUUAUGCUGACGUAUAUUACUUCAGAGUGGAAAGCACCAGUUUCAAGGCAACUGACAUCUGCAGUCCUCUUACAAUCACAGUUAAAGAUUCAGCCCCAGCACCCUCCAUACAGACCCUCCCGGAGGGACCACUAACGGAGGGGAGCAGGGUAACGUUCACCUGCAGGGCCAUCGCACCCUGUCCCACCCAGCCGCCUCACCUGAUCUGGAACCAGUCAGGAGGCCCUGAGGGCCGGCUGGAACCGCACGGAGACCAAGAGCCUAACGUCAGGACCCGGCGGCUGAAUAUCACUCUGUCGGACCGACAUGACGGGGUCCGCCUCACCUGUCUGGUGGAGCAUCCGGUAAACGACCCAGCAGGCGGGCCCAGCAUCAGAACAGCAGAGAGCGUCGUGACGCUCAACGUUUCCUAUUCCCCGAAGGAUACCCAGGCCUCCGUCAGCCCCCCCACGGUGUCGCUGGGCAGUGUGGUCAACCUGACGUGCACCAGCAGAGCCAACCCCCCCGUUCUCCGGUUCACCUGGUUCAGGAGCAGUGCGGAGGGACCCCUGAACGUGUCGGAUGGAUCUUUGUACAGCUUCAAUGUGUCCAGCUACAGAGGAAUCUACUACUGUGUGGCCUCGAAUCCCUUGGGAAACCAAACAUCAGAAGAGAUUAAGAUAACUGUCAGCGGUGAAAGCGAUGGAUUGAAUGUUCCUCUGAUAGUGAGAUUCUUAAUCGGUAUCGUCUUCUUUAUUGGUCUGGUCAUCUCUGUCCUGUGGUCACUGAAGAAGUCUUCAACACAGCAACAGGUACAGCCCCCCCUAUCGACUGGUACAGCGCCCCCUAUCGACUGGUACAGUGUCCCCGUCGACUGGUACCUUAACCAAGUCCACAUUAAAAACGAAGACAAUUGUCCCUUAACUCUAACCUUCUUUGAAUUCAUGAUGCAGGAGAUGAGGUUCACAAGAUGCAUCACGAUGAUCCAGUUGGAAAUGCUACUGAAUGUCAUCUUUGUUUCAGGUGGUGUGGGAUCCUGUCCUGACGUUUUUCAUGCAUCUAUGCCAAACAAGAUGGAGGCAUUGAGGGACACUUGUUUGCAAAUUCCAUGUUCAUUUGAUUCAGUACCAUCAAAUAGAAUAGAUAAAAGCCAACCCAUAUUGGGUGCAUGGAUAAAAUCGAACCCCUAUUUUGGGAAUCAUCCAGAAAAUGUGGUUUUCCACAGCAACAAUCAAGAUAAUAAGUAUCCAAUUAGUAUCAUUGGGAAUAUGCGAGAAUACAACUGCACAACUGUUUUUACAAACAUGAACUCAAGUUUUGCUGACGUGUAUUACUUCAGAGUGGAAAGCACCAGUUUCAGGGCAACUGACAUCUGCAGUCCUCUUACAAUCACAGUUAAAGAUUCAGCCCCAGCACCCUCCAUACAGACCCUCCCGGAGGGACCACUAACGGAGGGGAGCAGGGUAACGUUCACCUGCAGGGCCAUCGCACCCUGUCCCACCCAGCCGCCUCACCUGAGCUGGAACCAGUCAGGAGGCCCUGAGGGCCGGCCGGAACCGCACGGAGACCAAGAGCCUAACGUCAGGACCCGGCGGCUGAAUAUCACUCUGUCGGACCAACAUGACGGGGUCCGCCUCACCUGUCUGGUGGAGUAUCCGGUGAACAACUCAGCAGGCGGGCCCAGCAUCAGAACAGCAGAGAGCGUUGUGACGCUCAACGUUUCCUAUUCCCCGAAGGAUACCCAGGCCUCCGUCAGCCCCCCCACGGUGUCGCUGGGCAGUGUGGUCAACCUGACGUGCACCAGCAGAGCCAACCCCCCCGUUCUCCGGUUCACCUGGUUCAGGAGCAGUGCGGAGGGACCCCUGAACGUGUCAGAUGGAUCUUUGUACAGCUUCAAUGUGUCCAGCUGCAGAGGAAUCUACUACUGCGUGGCCACGAAUCCCUUGGGAAACCAAACAUCAAAAGAGAUUACGCUAACUAUCAGCUGUGAAAGCGUCGAGUUGAAUGUCCUUCUGAUAAUUGGUGGAUUCUUUGGUACCGUCUUCUUUAUUGGUCUGAUCAUCGGUGUCCUGUGGUUACUGAAGAAACUUUCAACACAGCAACAGAAUCCAAUAUUCGAGGCGUCAGACAAGCAGGUGGAAGAGGAGAUCCACUACGGAGAGAUUGACUUUGCCAAGCGAGGUGCUGUGCAGAACCCGGUGUUCCCCCAGGGGGAGGAGCAGACCUCAGAGUACGUUGAGAUCACUGCUCAACAGGCUAAGAACUCACAGAUCAGGGCUGAACUGGAGAGGAGCUGAAUUGUUUGGACUGGGAUCUCUUUAGUAUCCACUCAUGUAUUGUCAGUGUAAACAUAUCGUGCGUCCAUGGCACCCUUUAUGCUUUUUGGUCUCCAAGGCACCCAAUAACCAAAACAAAAGUUUGUACGACUCCCUGCCUGGUUCUGUUUAUGAAAUCAACAGCACAACGAAUGUUAGGAAGGAUCGCUAUUAUAAAAUGCUGCAAAGACUCAGCAGGCUGCAUUUCAUUACAUUUUAAGGGACACCUUAAGAUAAAAUACUGCAACAGGUAACAUAUGCAAUGCUUUGUAUGAAGCUGGUAAACUAUGUAAAUGUGUCAUUAAUACAAUUAAAAUAAAAUCAGCCAAUCUAACCCUUUUCCGAAAAUUCCCUCCUCUAUAAAGUGGACAAUAAUGAAAAGCAAAUGCAAACCGGUUUGUAUUUAAAUGUGUUAAAAGUGGACAAAAUUCUAAUGUGAAUAAGUGGUCGGGAGAAUCUCCACCCAUUGGAGAGCAGGUAUGUCCACAAGGGACGAGGAUGUGAUGUGAAGGGUGUCACCGAUUUUAAUGUUCAGCCAUUUACCCAUGGGUGGAGUUUCUCCCACCCACUCAUUUGCAUUUUAAUAUUGUCUCCUUUGAAGCGUGCCAUAGUUGGAAAAUGCAAACGCAAAUUUAUUUAAUUUUUAUUUGGAUAUUGUCCACAUUUAA